UAUUACUGCACCUAAGACCAGCACUUCUACCAACCAGGUUGGGCUAUUACUGCACCUCAGACCAGCACCUCUACCAACCAGGUUGGUCUAUUACUGCACCUCAGACUAGACUACCUCAAAAAGGUAUGCAUGCAGGGCCGUGCACAGACCUUUCAGGGGGAAGGGGAAAAUGCCCCCCCCCCCUUAAACAAAAUAAUCUACUUUCAUAAGCUCUGGCGAAGGCCGUGAGGCCGAUACAUAAGCUUAUUAAAUAUCAGUGAUACUACCAAGAGCAGUGUGCGGUUUCCUUUUUCCUUCAUAUAAUUCAUAUCUUGAAAUUCACAACAGACUAACUGCCUCUAGCGCACUUUUGUAACAUAUUUUACCAUAUGCCUAUUUAUUUCUGCAACACGCUCACUCUUCACAAAUUGUAAGCAAGCUACAUCACAGUGCCUCCUAAAGACAUGAUUGACAUCGGGAAAAGAGGGUGGGCUAUCAGCUGAUUGUUGAUGAUUGGUGUAAAUCUGCUAGUUAGCUAGCUCGAUUAUUAUUUUACACAUUUUACUCAAGCGCACAAAUUAUUGAAGUGACAGGCUACUUUGACACUGAGCAUCAGAGAUCAAUAAAGAUGACCUUGUCAUAAAUCCAUCAAUAGCUUCGGCCUAGGUGUGUGGAGACACAUAUUGUACAAUAUGAUGAGGAAAUUAUAGUCCUAAAACGGGGUGGCAAACUUGACGACGUCAUGACGACCUGGAGCAGUGGGUUCAGAACAACAAUGACAAAAACUAUUAAAAAAAUAAAAGGGCACUUGGCGAGUGGGAGGGCAAAGGGGGGCAGGUGCUCAGGCACCGGUAGACCGCUAUCUGCACAUGCAUGUAUGCUUUGGAUCAAAACGUCUGCUAAAUGGCAUAUAUUACAAAUGGCACCCUAUUUCCUUUAUAGUGCGCUACCUUUGACCAAAAGUUGUACACUAUAAAGGGAAUAAGGUGCCAUUUGGGAUGUGGCCAGAGUGUAUUGCACACAUUGGAGAUGGAGAGUAGCAAAACAAUACAAAUCCAGAGUUCUAACUUAACCAACAUCUCACUCCCAAACAUGAAAUCAAGUUUUAUUUGUCACAUGUGCCGAAUACAACUGGUGUAGACUCUACAGUGAAGUGCUUGCUUACGAGCCUUUCCCAGCAAUGCAGAGUUUUAAAAUAUUAAAUAGGUACACGAGGAAUAAAAUGCACAAUAAAAUACACCCGAAUGGAGCUAUAUACAGGGAGCACCAGUACCAGAUCAAUGUGGAUCUAUAUACAGGGAGUACCAGCACCAGAUCAAUGUGGAGCUAUAUACAGGGAGUACCAGCACCAGAUCAAUGUGGAGCUAUAUACAGGGAGUACCAGCACCAGAUCAAUGUGGAGCUAUAUACAGGGAGCACCAGUACCAGAUCAAUGUGGAUCUAUAUACAGGGAGUACCAGCACCAGAUCAAUGUGGAGCUAUAUACAGGGAGUACCAGCACCAGAUCAAUGUGGAUCUAUAUACAGGGAGUACCAGCACCAGAUCAAUGUGGAGCUAUAUACAGGGAGUACCAGCACCAGAUCAAUGUGGAGCUAUAUACAGGGAGUACCAGUACCAGAUCAAUGUGGAGCUAUAUACAGGGAGUACCAGCACCAGAUCAAUGUGGAGCUAUAUACAGGGAGUACCAGUACCAGAUCAAUGUGGAGCUAUAUACAGGGAGUACCAGCACCAGAUCAAUGUGGAGCUAUAUACAGGGAGUACCAGCACCAGAUCAAUGUGGAGCUAUAUACAGGGAGCACCAGUACCAGAUCAAUGUGGAGCUAUAUACAGGGAGCACCAGUACCAGAUCAAUGUGGAGCUAUAUACAGGGAGUACCAGUACCAGAUCAAUGUGGAGCUAUAUACAGGGAGUACCAGUACCAGAUCAAUGUGGAGCUAUAUACAGGGAGUACCAGUACCAGAUCAAUGUGGAUCUAUAUACAGGGAGUACCAGUACCAGAUCAAUGUGGAGCUAUAUACAGGGAGUACCAGUACCAGAUCAAUGUGGAGCUAUAUACAGGGAGUACCAGUACCAGAUCAAUGUGUAUCUAUAUACAGGGAGUACCAGUACCAGAUCAAUGUGGAGCUAUAUACAGGAGUACCAGUACCAGAUCAAUGUGGAUCUAUAUACAGGGAGUACCAGUACCAGAUCAAUGUGCAGUAAUUGGUUAAGUAAUGAUGCUAUAAAGAGGAUAACUUCAAUAUAGUUGCCAUUAGUUAGAGCCAUUACUUUUUAAGUCAAAAGUUACUUAGUUAAAUGGCGAACAGACGAACAACACUGGUAUUUAUAGACAUGCAUGGCUGGAAUGACUUGAACCACAUUCUAGUGGUGACCCUUUGAAACAGUUGGUCCACUAGAUGGAGACAGAUUUUCUAACGCCUCUGUUGGAGCCCCUUACAUCAGCAUGCAGACAGGAUGUUAUCUCAGCAAAAAAUGAAACGUCCUCUCACUGUCAAUUGCGUUCAUUUUCAGCAAACUUAACAUGUGUAAAUAUUUGUAUGAACAUAAGAUUCAACAAACUGACACAUAAACUGAACAAGUUCCACAGACAUGUGAGUAACAGAAAUGGAAUAAUGUGUCCCUGAACAAAGGAGGGGGGUCAAAAUCAAAAGUAACAGUCAGUAUCUGGUGUGGCCAUACAGCUGCAUUAAGUACUGCAGUGCAUCUCCUCCUCAUGGACUGCACCAGAUGUGCCAGUUCUUGCUGUGAGAUGUUACCCCACUUUUCCACCAAGGCACCUGCAAGUUCCUGGACAUUUCUGGGGGGAAUGGCCUAACCCCUCACCCAUCCGAUCCAACAGGUCCCAGGCGUGGUCAAUGGGAUUGAGAGCCUGGCUCUUCGCUGGCCAUGGCAGAACACUGACAUUCCUGACUUGCAGGAAAUCACACACAGAACGAGCAGUAUGGCUGGUGGCAUUGUCAUGCCGGAGGGUCAUGUCAGGAUGAGCCUGCAGGAAGGGUACCACAUGAAGGAGGAGGAUGUCUUCCUUGUAACACACAGUGUUGAGAUUGCUUGCAGUGACAACAAGCUCAGUCCGAUGAUGCUGUGACACACAGCCCCAGACCAUGACGGACCCUCCACCUCCAAAUCGAUCCCGACCCAGAGUACAGGCCUCAGUGUAACGCUCAUUCCUUCGACGAUAAACGCGAAUCUGACCUUCACCCCUGAUGAGACAAAACCGCGACUCGUCAGUGAAGAGCACUUUUCCAGUCUUGUCUGGUCCAGCGACUGUGGGUUUGUGCCCAUAAGCGACGUUGUUGCCGGUAAUGUCUGGUGAGGACCUACCUUACAACAGGCCUACAAGCCCUCAGUCCAGCCUCUCUCAGCCUAUUGCGGACAGUCUGAGCACUGAUGGAGGGAUUGUGUGUUCCUGGUGUAACUCGGGCAGUUGUUUCCAUCCUGUAACUGUCCUGCAGGUGUGAUGUUCGGAUGUACCGAUCCUGUGCAGGUGUUGUUACACAUGGUCUGCCACUGCGAGGACGAUCAGCUGUCCGUCCUGUCUCCCUAUAGCGCUGUUUUAGGUGUUUCACAGUACGGACAUUGCAAUUUAUUGCCCUGGCCACGUCUACAGUCCUCAUGCCUCCUUGCAGCAUGCCUAAGGCACGUUCAUGCAGAUGAGCAGGGACCCUGGUCAUCUUUCAUUGGUGUUUUUCAGAGUCAGUAGAUAGGCCUCUUUAGUGUCCUAAGUUUUCAUAACUGUGACCUUAAUUGCUUACCGUCUGUAAGCUGUUAGUGUCUUAACGAUCGUUACACAGGUGCAUGUUCAUUAAUUGUUUAUGGUUCAUUGAACAAGCAUGGUGUUUAAACCUUUUACAAUGAAGAUCUGUGAAGUUACUUGGAUUUUUACAAAUUAUCUUUGAAAGACAGGUUCCUGAAAAAGGGAAGUUUAUUUUUUUUGCUGAGUUUAUAUGGGAGCGAGACAGACACAUCUGUAGUAGCAACCAGAGAGAGCUUGCUACAUCUUGGCUCUUUCUCAAUUCUCUUUCCUUAACUUCUCGUGUCCCUUUUUCUCCCCUCUGACCUUCUCCAAUGCGUGUUGAGAAGGAUGUGAGGAAAGAGGACACAAGGAAUCGAGGAAAGAGAUUUAAGAGGCGAAAUCCAUUAGAAUCUGACUGUGGCACAUUCAUUUAGUGAAGAGGGAAUUUGUGUCCCAAAUGGCACCCUAUUCCCUAUGCACCUCGGUCAAAAGUAGCACACCCCAAAGGGAAUAUGGUGCUAUUUUAGGAUGCAGCCUAUGUCUGUGUGUUUUCCAAUAAAAAUGGUGUCCCUCUCCUCUCUGAUU